AUGCCUCCCCGUCGCGCGCCGUCUCUCGUGUCAGUCACACAGUCAAGGGCCCCGAGCCCUAACCCCCCUGAAGAGGACGAGGUCCUGUUCUUUGAUACAGUCGAUGAACUCCAACAACACGGAAUCAAUAUGCAGGAUAUCUUGAAACUCAAGUCUGCCUCCAUCAAUACAGUUUCUGGGGUUAACAUGACUACUCGUCGCCAAAUGUUAAAGAUUAAGGGAAUGUCAGAAGCCAAAGUCGAAAAAAUUAAGGAGGCAGCACAUAAAAUUCUGGGUUCGUCAUUUGCCACUGGCGUUGAAGUGCAAGAAAAGCGCAAAAGAGUAAAUAUUAUUAGCACCGGCAGUAAACUGGUGGAUGGUAUUUUGGGAGGUGGUUUGAUGUCCCAAUCCAUAUCAGAAGUAUAUGGCGAAUUCCGUACUGGAAAGACUCAACUUGCUCACACCAUGAGUGUGGUUGCUCAGCUUCCGGUUGAGCUUGGUGGGGCCUCUGGGAAACUCGCACAGAUGUUGUCGAAGCUCACUAAGCUUGCCGAGGAGUAUAAUGUCAUGGUUUUCUCUCUGUUUUCGGCUUCAAAAUUCUAA